AUCCAAACACCAUCCCCGGGGCUGYGCGGCCGGCGCUGCUGAGGCCCGUCUCAUGGCUUGCCGCGGCUAGGGCCCUGCUGGCGCCCGCCUGCCGACAUGCACCGAGCCGAUGCCACUGUGGAUGAUGCUGUGCUAAGGAAGAAGGAGCAGAAAGAUGUUGAGCUCGAUAAGAAAAUCCUUGCUUUGCGGAAGAAGAAUGAAGCGCUCAUACGUAGGUACCAGGAAAUAGAGGAGGACAAAAAACGAGCAGAGCAGGAGGGAAUGGCUGUUACCUCCAGGAGACCCAAGCAAGAUGGGCUCACUAUCACCAUCACCAAGGCUCACAACGACCUGAAAGAUGCAAUUACCCAGACUGAACACUAUGGACAAGAUAGCCCAGUCCUCUUGAUGGACAAAAGGGUGGUGAGCGAGAAAUGGGGGAGCCCYUGUUCUACGAGCCCCGGGCUGGACGUUGGCAGCGAGGAAGAUGAGGAGGAGGAGGAGGAAGCAGACCACAUGUUCACGUUCCGGAUGGGCAAGAGGAUGCAGCUGGCUGUUACCAUGGACAACAAAGCCAAGGGCAAGCGGAUAGUCAGUGAGAAACGCGCCGAGUGCUUCGGCGGCCCGGGCAGAGUGCCAGAGCUGAACGAAGAAGAGAUGAAUCACUUGGUGGCUUUCCGGCGGGGCAGACGGAUGCAGAUCGCCAUCACCAUGGACAAGAAGGAGAAAGCAGAGGAGCGGAGAACAGCAGAGAAGAGGAGAUCGGAGAGCAACAGGGCUCCAGAAAGUGACCAUGGACGGAAGGAGGGUGGGAAGUCAGCCCAGAAAGGCCCUGGAGACCUGAGUUUCCCCAUGAGUGGACGGGAGCGCUCGGAGUACAUGCGCUGGAAGAGGGAGCGGGAUCAGAUCGACCUGGAGCGACUGGCCCGUCACAAGAACGCCAAGGGCGAGUGGCGACGGGCUUGGGAUGUGGAGAAGUCGGAGCACAUGUUUGAAGAGGACUUUGUUAAGGAUGGGGAGCCAGCCUUGGAUAAUCCCAGCAAUAAGAAAGGGGGAAGAAGCACAAGGAAAUUCCAGCACAGGGCCUUUCCUCACGAAGGAAGAGGUGGAGGCCAGCACAGCGUGAAUGUGAGCGAUGCUGCUCCCAGAGCAGCGGCCGCCAUGGGCAGUCGGGCCAGAGGAAAGGACAGGCUGACCGGCAGAGCAAGAAGAUGGGAUGCAAAAGAAGGCGAUGACAUGUCUUUUCUGAAGGACGACCCUGACAGCCAGCAGAUCCUCAGUACGGACAAGCUGAGAGGCAGAGGUGAGGAAAGGGUGGAAGACAACUGCCCAGGAGAGCCGGAGAAGGCAAGGCAGCCAAGUCUCUCAGACCCUGAGGCCUCCUCCUCCCAGGAGCUGCCAAGCAGGAAGGUCCCAGCUGCCCGCAACAGCUGUAAGGAGGAAGCGCGAGCGGUGAAGGAACACAAGGAGGUGCCUGUGGCCACCAGUGGUGAUACUGAGCCAGGGAGCACACAGAGCGAGGAGGGCGCUGGGACCACCAGUGGUGCUGCCGGCAUCCCCUCGGAGCAGGAAGGCCUGGGCGGCACUGCAGAGACCUCGUCGUUGCCCCUCAGCUUAGAGGGGAGCACUGCUUCCGAAGGGGAAUCCUCUUCCAACAGCGCUGGGGGGAAGCUGGGCAUGGCAGCAGGAGGCAGAUGGGAGGCACGGCCCAUGCCAAAAGGAGGGGAGGAAGCAUCCCCAAACAGAGCCCUUGAGGGGCAAGCACUUGCACUGAAAGGAGGCGAAGGCACCGAAGGCACUGAGCACAGAGCAGAGCCUCUGCCCUCGAUGGCUGACAGCUCCAGCAAGACUGUUGGGUCUGAGCAGGACACAACGGAAUCACCGCCCAGUGAUGGGGACCAGGCUGAGGGGCGCAAGGACGAGGACAGCGGGGACUCUCCGAACUAGCACCGUAGGCCCUGUUCACCAGAGACAGAAGGAUUACAUACUGGAGGCGGUGGAUGAGAAGAGGAGCCUGGCCUCAUCUUCCCUCUUGCACCUCCUAUGAAAGUGGCUUUCAGCACCUGCCCUGGGCCUUUCAGCAUCCAGUCACUGCAAAUGGGAGGUGGGGGGAGGGUUCCCAAUCCAGGCUCCCCCCUUUCCUGCACCUAGUUUCAGUGCCACCCUUAGUUAAUCCAAGGUCAAAGGACAGGGCAAGCUCUAUACAGACUGCUAUCCUUCAGAGAAAACACCGCCACUUUUCUCUUGCAUUUGUUUUUCUUCUAUAGCAAAUGUGUGGCAAGCCAAUGGAAUGUCUACUGGAUGCACUUUAUUUAAUAACUAAUUCUGCUAAGAGUUAAGAUUCAGCUUUCCAGACUCCCCAACCCUUUCCUUUCCUGACUGCCAGGACCUGGCUCAGGCCAGGGGUGAUGGAAGCUAUCCCUUACUCUUGGUAGGGAACAGGUGACAAAGCAAAGGACUGGGAACAGCACCACAUAGGAGAUGGGGCUGGGAGCAGUUACACUGUAGUUCUAUAGAUGGGUGAAAAACUAGCAUUCAAAGCAGCUCUUGUACUAGGGUUUUAAGCUACUGAGGUGUUGGCAGAGAUGCUCAGUAGUCGCAGAAGUUGCGGGGCACAACGGGGAUAGAGCACUCAUGAAUUACACUGGGGGAGGCAGAGGCUUUGGACAAACACGCAUCAACCAGGCUGUUCUAUAGGUUUAGAGCUUGCUUUUCUCCUCCUGAUAGAUUUAGCAGGGCGUAAGAAGCAGAGGCUGAACUGGCACCACAAGAAAGGUCMUUUUUCCCAAGAAAGGAGGAUGGAGCAGGUACAUAGAGCUUGGCCAAGCACCAAGCUUGCUUUAUAUGAAUGGGAAGUGAGAAGAGGUGAGAAGUGAGACUUCGAGUUAGGUAGACACUUGGAGUUGGAUGUGCUGAGCAGGUCAGGGAGGGCAGCACAAACCUAAUAAGCUUCCUUCUCAACAGCCCUGUUCCAGGAAGGGGCCAGCACUGAGAGCCUGGGCAAACUGGAGUCGAAGCUGCAGGUUUCUUAGCAAAUGCUUUCACCUCUCCAGUUGUGCCUUUUGAAGCCUUGUGCUGAAAUAAAUGGAAGUAGCUCCCCUGGAAGCUGCUGCUCACAAAUUUUGACUCAGCCUUAAGAAAUUUUUCAAAGCAAGCAGUGGGAUGAGCAUUUACAAGGACAAGCAAGCAAGGGUCACAUGUCUGUGGAUCUCAGAGCAGUCUGAGACGCACAGCAAGUGAGGACCUAGCUGAAACAGUGCAACCAC